GCCAAGUUCUGGCUACGAUCAGAAGUGCUUCCUUUCGGCACUAUUUAGUGCGAUUAGUCUCUCCGCCUCGGUGUUUGUGUAUAGUUGAAGUCGUCAUGACUAUCAACGUCAUCGUUAAGCUAGUCGCGUUGAUUGUUGUUCAUAGCUGCUGCACGGAGUCGUCGACGACGACGAGUUCCGACAGUGGCGCGGCUCAGCAGCUAAGUCACUUCAAUGUCGACAGCGCACCAGAUAAGAUGUCAACGCCGGAUUUCGAUCAGUAUCUCGGAAGCUACAUCGCCGACGGGGAGCGGAUCGCGCUGAUCUUGGACUACGAUGGCACGCUGGCGGAGAUCACCGCCCAUCCGAACCUCACCCAGAUGACGCCGCAGAUGAAGAGUACCCUGCAGAACAUCGCCAACAGUGGGAAGGCGUUCGUGGCGGUCAUUUCGGGGAGGGAUGUGUAUGGUGUUAAGGAGAAGAUCGGCAUCGAGAACAUCGUGUACUCCGGGAAUCACGGACUGGAGGUGCUCUACCCGGAUGGGACUAAACACAAUCAGGGCAUUCCGAAGGAAAUCGCCGACAACUUCACCAAGAUGAUCGAUCAGCUGACCAAGGAGCUUGCCAAAGACGGAGCUUGGGUCGAGGACAAGAAGGUCUCGUUAACCUUCCACUACCGCCAGGUCGAUGCCAAGCUAGUUCCGGAGUUGGAAGUUCGCGCCAAGCAGAUCAUCGAGUCGUACGGAUAUCGGGCCAACCAAGCUCACGCUGCGGUCGAGGGGAAGCCUCCGAUCAAGUGGAACAAGGGUCUUGCCGCGGAGUACAUCCUGACGGAUAGUUUCGACACGAACUGGCGCCAACGGAAGGUGAUCUUCGCCGGGGAUGACACCACCGAUGAGGAUGUGAUGCAAGCGAUUAAGGGCUCGGGGAGGUCGUUCCGGGUGUCGAAGGACCCGCAGGUCGAGACACAUGCGGACUUCCGGAUUCCGUCGGUUGAUGCGGUUUACCAGCUGUUGAAGUGGUUGGAGAAGAAGGUCACGAAGUGAUUGUGUUAACAAGUCGGUGCUGAGUGUUCAGAUUUAGUGUUACAAUUGAAAUUGUUAUUUUAAUGAGAUAUUUUUGGAAUGAAUAAACCUAUUUUUUAAAUAACUAA